GCUCGCUUGCACAAUCGCAGCCCCCUGCUUUUGAAUCUCGAAUAAGCCCAGCAGACAUUUGACCUGCACAUCUUGCGAAGAGUUUCUACCAUCAACCUCCGCACAGCCGUACAGCACCAUGGCGCUUCUACAACAUAAAGCUCUUGCAGACUACGCGAAGCAAUUGGAAGCAUUUCAAUCCUUCCUAGAGAAGUUCGAAACUUCCAAAACCUCUUCAGACGCUGCCGCCGACGAAGCCAUUGACGGCCUUCAUCUAGAUGGCGACCACACGAGCGACGAGUAUGACUUUAUGGACGAUGUAGCAGAUGAAAGCGCAACAAGACGGCGGCCCAAGAGAAAGUAUAUGGACAUGCUUCAAGAGGUCGCAGACCGAGAGCGCCAGAACAUCCUAGUAGAGCUGGAUGACCUCCAAGAGUUCGAAGACUCAUUGCCAGACGAACUCAACCUAAGACUAGUCGAGUCUGUCGCCAAUAACACCAAGCAUUAUGUUGACCUUUUCUCGGAUGCGGUCGAUAAGAUCAUGCCAAAAGCCAGCAAAGACAUUUCCUUCAAGGAUGAUGUGCUGGACAUUAUCAUGGCGCAACGAGCGAAGCGAAACGAAACCGUUGCCAAUGCUAUGGAAGCAGAUGCUGACACCACUUUGCCUGUCUCCACGUUCCCUCCCGAAUUGACAAGAAGAUACACUCUGAACUUCAAACCUGCCACGGCGACCGGAUCUGAUGCUGCAAAGAAGACCCUCGCUGUACGCCAAGUACGUGGAGAGCAUUUGGGACAUCUCAUUACAGUCCGCGGCAUUACCACAAGAGUUUCAGACGUCAAGCCAAGCAUAAGGAUACAAGCAUAUACGUGUGAUCGAUGCGGAUGCGAGAUUUUCCAGCCAAUUACCUCCAAGAACUUUACACCACUACAGAUGUGUCCAUCAGAAGAAUGCAAGCAAAAUGACUCCAAAGGUCAAUUGUUUGCUUCGACUCGGGCCUCGAAAUUCUUGCCGUUCCAGGAAGUCAAGAUUCAAGAAAUGGCAGACCAAGUGCCUGUCGGUCAUAUUCCAAGAACUCUGACUAUUCACUGCAAUGGAAGUCUUGCACGACAGCUGAAUCCGGGCGAUGUAGUCGAUAUCGAUGGCAUAUUCCUCCCGACUCCAUAUACUGGCUUCCGAGCUAUUCGAGCCGGUCUGUUGACAGACACAUACCUUGAGGCACAGAAUAUCACUCAACAUAAGAGAGCAUACCAGGAUCUGAAGAUGGACCCUCGCGUCAUUCGCCGCAUCGAAUCUUUCAAAGCUACAGGCCAUAUGUACGAAUAUCUGGCUCGAUCGAUUGCUCCAGAAAUCUAUGGUCACCUCGAUGUCAAGAAGGCACUCCUGCUACUUCUAAUCGGUGGAGUAACUAAGACGAUGGGCGACGGCAUGCGCAUUCGUGGAGACAUCAAUAUCUGCCUGAUGGGUGAUCCUGGUGUGGCCAAAUCGCAACUGCUGAAAUACAUCACCAAAGUCGCACCACGGGGCGUCUACACAACCGGCCGAGGAUCCAGUGGUGUAGGUUUGACCGCGGCCGUAAUGCGAGACCCAGUGACCGACGAAAUGGUUCUGGAAGGUGGAGCUCUAGUUCUCGCGGACAACGGCAUCUGCUGCAUUGACGAGUUCGACAAGAUGGACGAUGGCGACCGCACAGCCAUCCACGAAGUCAUGGAACAACAAACCAUAUCCAUCAGCAAAGCCGGGAUAUCAACGACCCUGAAUGCCCGUACAUCUAUUUUGGCUGCCGCCAAUCCUCUUUACGGACGGUACAACCCGCGCAUUUCUCCGGUGGACAACAUCAAUCUGCCCGCGGCUUUGCUGUCUCGAUUUGACGUGCUUUUCCUCAUUCUCGACACGCCCUCACGUGAAGCCGACGAAGAACUCGCCAGCCACGUCUGCUACGUGCACAUGCAUAAUCGUCACCCGGAGCGUGAAGGUGAGGGUGUCGUGUUUGCGCCCGAAGAGGUUCGCCAGUACAUUGCCCAGGCUCGCACGUUCAGGCCCAACGUGCCCAAAUCUGUUUCUGAGUACAUGGUCGGCGCGUACGUGCGGAUGCGGCAGCAGCAGAAGCGCGAUGAGGGUUCGAAGAAGCACUUCACGCAUACAUCGCCUCGAACGCUGCUGGGCGUGCUACGUCUGUCGCAGGCUCUUGCCCGGUUACGCUUCAGCAAUGAGGUAGUCAACGAGGAUGUGGAUGAGGCUUUGCGGCUGAUCGAAGUGUCUAAGGCGAGUCUGUACAAUGACCAGCGUGCACAGGGCGAUCAGACGGUCAGUUCGCGAAUUUACGAUCUAGUCCGAGGCAUGAGGGAGUCGGGUGCCGCGAGUGUCGGACGUGGAACCAGAGGAGAACUCAAUAUGAGGCGUGUAAGCGAGUUGAUCUUGGCCAAGGGUUUCACGCAGGAUCAAUUGACGAGAACGGUGGAGGAGUAUGAAUUGCUGGACGUCUGGCAACUUGCCAACAAUGGAACCAGGCUGGUCUGGAUCGAGGCUGGCGAUAGUGACGAAGAUGAUGAGAACAUGGGUGAUGGGGACGACUCGGAGUGAAGGGGUCG